AUGUUUUUUAAUAAUGAAGACAAAAAUAAUUUGUUUAAUAAAAACAAUGUAGCAAAUAACGGAGGAAGUGGUAAUAACCCUAAUAUGUGGAAUAUUUCAAAUAAUAAUUUAAAUAAUACAAAUUUUUUUUCUCAAAAUUUAAAUAACCAAAACAACUUAAGUAAAAAUAAUAAUAUUUUUAUGAAUAGUAUGAAUAAUCAAAAUGAACUAACAAAAAAUAAUAAUUUUUUUGGAAGUACCUUGAAUAACCAGAAUGACAUGAAUAAAAAUAGUAAUAUCUUUACUAAUAGUUUAAAUAAUCAAAAUGAUAUGAAUAAAAGCAGUAAUAUCUUUACUAAUAGUUUAAAUAAUCAGAAUGACAUGAAUAAAAGUAGUAAUAUAUUUUCUAGUAAUUUAAAUAAUCAGAAUGAUAUGAAUAAAAAUAAUAAUAUAUUUUCAAGUAAUUUAAAUAAUCAGAAUGAUUUAAUGAAGCAUAACAAUUUCUUUAGUAAUAAUAUGAAUAACCAAAAUGACUUAAAUAAAAAUAACAAUCUCUUUAGUAAUGCUUUGAACAAUCAGAAUAACAUUAAUAAAAAUAAUACUUUCUUUACAAAUAGUAUGAAUAAUACUAGUGGUCAAAAUAAAAAUAAUAAUAUAUUUGGUAAUAAUACUGUUAAUUCCUCUAAUACUUUUAAUCAUAAUUUAUUCAGUGCAUCAAAAAAAGAUAUUUAUCCAGGAUUCACAAGAAAUUUAAUCGGAAAUACAACAAACAGCAGUUCAAGCAUUUUUAAAAAAAGUACCUUAGGUAGUUCAAUAGCUUUAGGUAGUCAAUUAAAUGAAGAGAGAAGUACAGAAAGUGGAUUAUUUUCAAAAGAACAAUUAGAAGCAGCAAAAAAAAUUUUUGCAAACUCAUCUAAUUCUAAUGCUAUAUCAAGUUUAAAUAAUAAAAUGAAUAAUAGUAAUAACGGUAAUAAAUUAACAUUUAAUGAAGGAUUUUCAUCAAGCUCUAAUUCAUUUGCAAAAAAUAAUUUAAAUCCUUUUCAAAGUAUAGCAUUGCAAGCUUCCACACAAAAUGAAAAAUCAUCUCUUUUAAAAACUAAUAAUUCUAAUUCAUUUCUUACAAGUAACGAAGGAAAAUUAAAUAGUUUUGGUAUUCUUGGUGUAAACAAUUUAAACUCAACAAAUAAGUUAAAUAACUCAAAUGAUUUAAGUCAAAAUAAACCAUUUAAUCAAAAUGAUAAUUUAUUUUCAACAAAAAAUAAUACUAAUAAUUUUAAUAAUACAUCGAAAUCAUUACUUUCUAAUUUUAAUUGUAGCUUUAGUUCUUUUGCAAAACCUAAUACAAAUGAUUUGUUUAAAUCUAAUAACACAUCAACGUUUAUUUCACCCUUUAAUAAAACCACUAAUAAUGAAAAUCCAUUUAUUACAGAUUCCUUUAAAAUUUCAAAUCCAUUGAAAAAUAAUGAAAACCCUUUUCAAUUUAAUAAUCUGAAAAAUAAUUCUUUUUCUAACAAUUCUAUAUUUUCUUUUAACACAGAAAAUAAAAAUGUUUCUGAUAAUAAAAAUACUGAAAAUAAAAUUGUCGAAAAUAAUAUAGGAAAACAAAACGUUGAAAACAAAACUAUUGAAAAUAAUAUUAUAGAAAAUAAAGUCAUUGAAAAAGAAAAUAAAGAAAAGCAAAACAUUGAAAUUAAAAAUAUAAUGAAUACUCAAAGUACAGAAAUUGAAAAAAUUAAUAAUGAAAAACCUGAAAAAGAAAAUGAAAUAAAAAAGGAAAAGGAGUAUGAAAAAGAAAAAGAAGGAAAUGAAAAAAAUGAAAAUGAGAAAGAAAAAGAAAAAGAAGAAGAAAAAGAAAAAGAAAAUGAAAAAAAUGAAAAUGAGAAAGAAAAAAAUGAAAAAAAUGAAAAUGAGAAAGAAAAAAAUGAAAAAAAUGAAAAAUAUGAAGAAAAAGAAAAGGAAAAAGAAAAAAAUGAAAAAUAUGAGGAAAAAAAAAAUAGUGAAAAUAAGAAUUUAGUAGAUGAUAAGAACAUAUCAAAUCAAACUACUGAAAAUGAAAUAGCAAAUGAUAAUAAGAGUAUCGAAAAAAAAAGUAUGCAAAAUGAAAGUGAGAAUAUCUUCAAAAAAGAAAUUUCACAAAGCGGAAAUGUUAAUAAAAAUGAACAAGAUGAAAAUGUAAAAGAUAACAAUUUUGUAAAUAAUUCUAUUUUUAGUACAUCUCUGUUUAAAAAGGAUACAAGUGAUGAUAAUCAAAAAAAUUUAAUACAUAAUAAUACUAAUAAUAAUGAAGAAAAUAAAAAUUCAACUUCUAGUUUUUUUUUUAAAGUUGAUCAAAAUAAAAUAGAUAAAAAUGAAAAAUCAAAUAAUGAAAAUAAUGAGAAUGCUUUUGCAAACUUAAAUAAAACAUUACCAAUAACAAAAGAAAUUUUUCCUUUAAGCUCCAAGAAAAAUUUGAAUGAUGACAAAUUAAUUCAAACAAAUAUUGAUUGUGAUAUUAGUAUAAAUAAAAACAUAUUUUCAAAUGAAGAAAAAAAAGAAAAUAACAAGUCUUUAGAUGAAAAGAAAAGCAAUGAAACCAAUUUGUUGAAAACUUCAUUAUUCAAUUUAGAUACUUCUAAUUUUUUAAAUAAUGAACAAAAAUUAAACAUAUCAAAAGAAAAAAAUGAUGAAUUAAAUAAUAAUGAAAACAAAAUCAUAAAAGAAAAUAAAUCUCAAACUUUAGAAACAGAUGAUAAAAAUAAUGUGUUAAAAAUAAAUGAUGGAAAAAAUAUGUGGAGUUUACCCUUUACAAAUAAGAUAGACUUCAAAGGGCAAAAUGAAAGUUUAAUAAAAAAAAAUGAUAAUAAUAAUUGCAAUACGUUUUCGAAUGAUUUAAAUUUAUAUAAAGAUAAUUUUACUAAUAACAAUGUAAAAAAAGAAAAUGAACUUAAUGAUUUUGUUAAAAAAGAUCAUGAAAUUGAAGAAACAAAUAAAGAUACAAAAGUAAAAAGUACCAGUAUUUCUGAUAAUUUUGUGAUUAAUCAAACUUUUCAAGCAGAUUUUAAUAAAAAUAAUUUAAUUUCGAAAAAAGAAGAAAAAAGUAACAUAUUUUCAUUACAUAAUAAUAAUUCAAAUUUUUUUAGUAAUACAUUCAAUAAUAAGAAUGAAACACAAAAAGUUGAAAAUCGGGACGAAGUAAACAAUGUAAGCAAUAUAUUAAAUACUGUCUCAUUAGAAAAUAGGAAAAAAAAUGUUUAUAUAAAUAAUAAACAAGAAUUUGAUGAAAGAGAUAAAGAGAAAGAUGAUUUUUUAUUAGAUACACAUUUAAAGAAAGACGAAAAUCUGGAUAAUCCACUUUUAUUUAAUUUUCAGCUAAAAGAAACAAAAGGAACUCUCAGAAGUAAUGAUGAUACGAAAGAAAUGGAUUUUAAAGAUUUUCAACAACUUUCCGAGAAAAAUGCAAAAAAGGAAAAUGACCAAAAACAGUUAGAAAAAGAUAGGAAACUUGUAGAAGAUAAUAUAAAAGAAAAUGAAACUUUUUUUAAAAAAAAUCUUGAUCAAGAAAUGAUUCUUGAUGUGAUUGAUAAUUUAUCUUCUUUUGUAAAAAAUAAAAUUAAUUUCAUGAAUUAUUGUUCUAAUGAAAUAUUAGAUAUAUAUAAUAAAGUAGCUUAUUAUGAAAAAAUGUAUUCUUUAAUAUCAGAUGACCAAGUAAAAAUAGAAAAAAAACAAGAAUUACUAGAGAAAAGAUUGAGAAUUAUACAAGGUGAACAAAGUGAUAUUUUGUCCUUGUUAAACGAAAUGGAUAAUGAAACUUCUUUAAGUUUUUUAAAAGUUUUUAAUGGAAAAAAUAUUAAUAAAGAUGAUAUUAUAAAUAACAAAAAUUUGCAUUUAGAUAUUGAUCAUUUUGAAAAAUUAACAGAGAAAAUGGAUAAUUUAGAAGAAAUAAUUGAUUCUCUACAAAAUACAGAAAAAGAUGAUAUUUUAAAUGAAUUUGUUACAAAGAGUUUUUUGAAUGAAGUGAACUGCGAGAAAAUUGAAAAACAGUUAAAUCAUAUAUCUAAUGAAAUGAAAAGCAUGAAAUAG